ACGGGUCGCGCGUGGGGCCCCGCCCGCCGGCCGCGAUCUCGAAAUGGGCGGUGGUGGUAGUGGCGGCGGCAGCAGCAACAGCGGCGGAGGCUCGUCCGCCUGAGCAGCGGCGCCGCUCGCCCUCGGUGAUGCCGGCAGCGGGAGUUUGAUGAAAAGCCCGGAGAGCGCGGUGGGUCCGGGCACGGAGCUGGAGCCGGAGCCCGGGCACGGCCUGAGGGAGAUGACGGGCAACCUGCGGCUGAGGGAACCGAGCCCGUGUCCGGCAGCAUUCCAGCCCGAAGCCGCGGUCCAGGUCCAGGUCCAGCUCCCGGCCUCGGGCUGCAGGCCCAUCCCCCGGCUGAUCGUCACCCAGGACGAGUCGCUGGCGAGGGCCGAAGGGGCGGCCGAGGACGAGGAGUCGCCGUCGUCGGACAGCGGCUGCGGCGGCUCGCCGGCCCCGUCGCUGCUGCUCCGCAAGCUGUCGGGCUCGUCGCUCUCCUCCGCCGGCCUCUCGUCCUCCUUCGAGGAGUCCGAGGACGACUUCAGCCCCUGCAGCGACGCCGAGAGCCAGCAGCCGCAGUACCUCAGCCUGGACGACGGCCUCGGGAACAAGUCGUGGAAGAAGCUGAAAACCAUGGUGCACUGGUCCCCGUUUGUUGUUUCCUUCAAGAAGCGCUAUCCAUGGGUGCAGUUAGCAGGACAUGCAGGUAACUUUAAAGCUGGAGAUUAUGGAAAGAUCCUGAAAAAGUAUUGCGAGUGUGAGCACCAGUGCCUGGAGUCCCUGAUGAAGGAUCCUCUGCUGCGUCCUUACGUGCCGGGCUAUUAUGGAGUGGUGGACAAGGAUGGAGAUAGCUACAACCAGAUGGAUGACUUGUUAUCAGAGUUUGACUCCCCCUCCAUCAUGGACUGUAAAAUGGGAGUGAGGACCUACUUAGAGGAGGAGUUGACCAAAGCUCGUGAGAAGCCCAAACUGCGGAAAGAUAUGUAUGAGAAGAUGAUAGCGGUGGAUCCAAACGCACCUACGCAAGAGGAGCAUGAGCAGAAGGCCAUUUUGAAGCCACGUUACAUGCAAUGGCGGGAGACACUUAGCUCUACUGCAACACUAGGAUUCAGGAUAGAAGGCAUCAGGAAGGCUGAUGGGUCCUGCAACACAAACUUUAAGAAAACCAAACUCAAGGAACAGGUUAUGGCAGCACUGGAAGAUUUUGUGGACAGCAAUAAGAACAUCUUGAGAAAGUAUUUGACAAGGUUGAAAGAACUGAGGAUUGCAUUGGAGGGCUCGGAGUUUUUCAAGACCCAUGAGGUGGUAGGAAGUUCCCUUCUCUUUGUCCACGAUGACUCGGAGAUGGCCAAAGUUUGGAUGAUCGACUUUGGAAAGACGGUGCUGCUACCCGACCAAGAGACACUGAACCACAGGGUGGCCUGGAAGGAGGGGAAUCGGGAGGAUGGCUACCUCUGGGGACUCGAUAACCUCAUCAAUAUCAUCAGCAAGAUGGUGGAGGAGUGACUCAUUGCAGCAGCCCUCGGGGGUUCCAUUCACAGCUGGCCUUUUGGAUGACGCACAGCCUCUGCACAGGGAGAGCCUCUUGCCCGGAGUAGUCUUUUCCCCACUCCUGGCCAGAGUGAAGCUUGCUGCAGUAACCAGGAGCACAAGCACACCUGGGAGGAUGGGGAAGGGGCGCCCGGUGGAAACCGGGGUGGGGGGGGGGGGGGGAUGAGGGUGGGGGGGACAUGCGUGUUUAAAGACGGGUGAACAAAGCCAGGACAAGGGCAUGCCUGUGAUCUACGGGGUUCUGUGUGCUGCAGCCAAGUUGUGAAGUUGUUGCUCCUGAGCACUGCACCCGGCCUCUGAGCUCUGGAGUAAAGUGAGAGGCAGGACUAGGGUUUGAACUCUAAGCUGCUGUGACAACGGUCAGCAUGAACCGGACAUUUUGCAGCUUCAGGGCAACUGGUUGAGUCAGUGAACUUUCUUUAAUCCGCAACUAAAGAGGAAACACUGGAGAGGUGCGUAGCUAUCUCUGAUUAAUUCCUAGGUUUGCAUAGUAUAUAUAUUUUUUUAAAGCGGUAAAACUACUGCAAAACCACUCAUUGAGGACAAUAGCAUUUAUAUGCAUUUGAAAUAUUUUCCUGUUCUUGCUCAGUUUGCCUUGUCUGUGAUAUGCUGUGACUCAAUAGAAUCUAGUUUCCUAUUGCUUGUACCUUCCCCUACCCCACCCUGGUCUCCCCACUGCAUCACACACUGACAACAAAUACUGGAGAGACGUUAGCAGUCGUCUGCUGUCUGGGUGUUGAGAGCCAAGGGCAGGGCGGUCAGAGUCAAACUCAGUAAAAGCCAGGUGGAAUCAUCCAAGGCAAGUAUCCUUGGAGUUCAUAGUGAAACAUAUUAUAGUGUAAGUUUGUAAUAGUGGACUUAGCCUUUUUUAAUAACCUUUAUUGAAAGAAAGCUAAUCUUUAAGUUGAAUAUUAACUGGGUGCAGUUCAGUAGGAAGUGACUUCCAGAGUGCUUAUGGUGAGUCUCCAUGCACUGUUCCAUCUCAGUCCCAAUCUGUAGCUGGUGAUGGCUCAGUUACAUUAUCCCUCUGAACCAAUCAGCAACAAUGGAGACGGGGAAAGGUUGGCCCUCAUUGGAUGGUGGUGUGGCAGGCUGGCCCUCAUUGGACGAUGCUGCUGUUUGCUGAUUUGGCAGGGUGUUGGGCUUGCAGACUGCACUAGAAACUUGCCCCAGCCCAAUUUCAAGAUUUGGGAAAAAAAAAUGCUUCUAGUAAUGCCCAUCACAAGGUUGCAGAGUUGGAGAAGAUGCAUUCUCAGGCUCAAUAUCCAUUGAGCACAGUGUUUAACCGGAGGAGCCUUUACCAUAAUGUUGCUCUGAAAUUUCCCCCACCCGCAGAUUCCUACUGCUUGGGUAGUUAGUAGUUUCUGAAUGGGUGCUGUUGUUGAAGAGUGCAGUCUGUGGGUGGGGAUGCAGGUAGAGGAGGUGGGGGCAGGUAUUUGACAUCUUGGUUAAUCCCUUUAUGGUAACUUUUUUAAAAUAUUUGAAUUCUGGAAUAUUUUUAGAGUUGACAUUAUCUCUGAGAAAUACCAAUCUUUAUUAUUAUUAAGGAUUUUUAAAAAACAAUUGUUGAAUGCAGAGAUGGGCCCUCCACUCCGUGCUGUUGGUGCUGAAGCUGGAUCUGUCUCUUUGGUACUGGUUUAAUUUUGCGUCUUAAUUGAGUUACAUUGAGAGCUGUGCUUCGCUGAAACAUCAUUCCUGGGUGCAGACUACAGAUUCGUCAGAGAUCAUUGUGGCAGAUAACUGGAUGUCUUUUUUUUUAAUUGAGCACAAACUGAGAACUUUACCUGUCCUGAGCUGCUCCUCGAUGUAUGCAAUGUUGGCUCAGGUCAGCUACUGUGUCCUUCAUGUAACCCUGAUCACAUUAGUUGUUGCUGUGAAGAGGCUAAGUGUCAGGCUGUCAGGUCAGGCAGGCUCUGGUCCCACAGAGAUUCCGAGCUUCAUUUUAGAAUUAAAUUCAUUGGUGGCAGAUUGCUGAGUGUGUCAUGGGAGUAUGGGAGUCACAGUAGAGCAAAACAAUAAUGUGGCAUACUGGCAUUUGUGCCUUAAUGUAGUAAAUGCUCCCAAAAACAAAAGGGGAGAAUUGACAUGAAGCCAAAGUUGGAGUUAUGAUUGGGGAAAAUGACUAAAUUUUAAGUUAAAAAAACACUCAUCAAAUGUCCCUAUUCCAAGGCAAACUCCCUUCAUCCCAUACUACACAAGCGAGGGGAAAUUUAGAACUUUAUUGCUGGAAAUUUAUCUCAGCUUGUACCUCCACUGAAAUCCCAGGAGGGCACUGGAAUAACAGAACAAAAUAAUCCUGCUGAUUGUCUAUGGUAAUUCAGCCAUUGUAAAUAACUGGGGUCUUUCACCUUGUUUGGAGAAGCCCCCAUUUUAUAAAUACCUGUUGUACUAUAUGAGAACCUGUAAAUUGAAUAGUAAAUGCAAUGUGCCUGAACAGAAUACUUUUUUGCUGUAUGUAUGUUUGUUUGUGGCAGUGAGUUCUAUCUUGGAGAUUGAACACUGCUUCAAUGCUGAGGGAGUGGUUGUAGAGUGGACAUUAACAAGCAGAGCUCCUGUGUUAUGCUGGAAUUUUUUUUUAAAUAGGAUCUUUUGACGUUUCCUUUUUCAGGCUCCCCCAAAAGCUCCUUGAAUUCAUCUAGGAUCAGUGCAACCCACUGUAGAGAAACAGUUAAGCAGUAUUUCCCUGUAUCUGGGCUGUUACAGGUCAUGUUGGGAUGAGAUAUCUGCCUGUGGCUUCUCAUUUCAACAUCUGUUUGUAUUUAUAAAGUGCCUUUAACAUCCUGCACUUUUUAACAGGAAGGAGUAUCAAAUAAAACUUUAAUAUUGAGCCACAAAGGGUGAUGAACAAGCAAAUGAAAGUCUGGUUGGUCCUAGGGUUUAAGAGGUGCCUAAAGAGGGUAGAGGGGCAGACAGGGAGGGAGUUCCAAAUCUAGGGCCUUGCCUACCAAGUGGCCAGAGGUGGAACAAUUAAAAUCAAGGAGACUGGAGGUCAAAAUUAGGCGAUUGCAGCCACCUUGCAGAAGAGUGAGCUGUUUCAGGACCUGCAUAAUCCUGGUACGAGAUCCGGAGUGUAGUUUGGCCUCCUCUCCCUUUCUUUGUCACCUUCAACAACAGUAAGGACUUUCUAAUUAAAAUUGGCCAUUAAGUCACUAUUGUGUUGGGGUCAAGAUUUGCAACCUUGUGUUUAGGAGAGGGAAGUGUUGCCUGGUUGUUGCUUUGUCAAACUGCGAUUAUUUCUCCCCCCCCCCAGGCUCCAUCUCAUCAUUCGUUUAGAUUGCAAGGUGUGAGUGCAGGAGUGUGUCGCUUCCUCACUUGUGCAUUGCAGUUUACCAUUUGAAUAACUCCAGCCUUUGCAGCUUCCUUGCUUGAGCAGUGACUGUGGAGCCUCAGUGAUGCAGCUUUAGCAGGGUCAGAGCUGAUAGAUUCCUGUCUCAACCGGAGCUUACUUCUGCAGCUCGUCGUCCUGUCACUGAGUCACGUCUUGGAGCACUGGGCUGGCUGAACUGGCUAGCACACCUGCCUGGGACUCGCUGUUCAGUUCUUGGCUUUAAUUCUCAUGAACAACGAGCUUCAGCCCCUCGUUUCUAAAUUUGAGAUCACCACUUUUGACUCUCAUUACACUCAAAUCUUUAUUGUUUACAAAGCUAUCUUUUUAAAGAACGUUAUCCCACUCCCUCUUUGUAUUUUCAUUAUGUAUUUAUGAACCAUUACUGGACAAAUACUGGAAGUGCAUGUUUAAUUUAUAUUGCAUUAAAAUUGUAUUGCUGGGUUAAUUUCCAUACGAUGUUAUCUGACUGGUUCUUGUCAUAAUAAAACUGCCUCUUAAUGGGGAUUUCUACAUAUUU